CUCUCUCUCUCUCUCUCUCUCUCUCUCUCACGCACGCACUGCCAUCUGAGAGGUCCCUGUGGGACAGGGAAGGACCCGCUGUGGGGAGGGACAUGCUAUCCCCACAGUGCAGGGAGCAGGUGCUGUCCCCAGAGGGGCUCCUUUGUUGUGAUUCUUACACAGGAAGUGUUGGGUCAGGCUCUUUGGGCCACCUCUGGGUCUCUUUGGGGUGGAAUCUCGUUUUAUGGGGAUUUGGGAGUUGAAUGUGUGUGUGUAAACAGAAGCGACAGCCCGAGUCAAACUUUCAAACAUGGCCCUUGUGACUCGAUUAAGUGUGGUGGCGGCAGGAAGGUGGGUGUGUGAAAACCCUGGGCUCAGGGUCUCCCUGUGCUCCCCUACAGCCCUACUGGGCAGUGUGUGCAGGACUGGCUGGCCUAGACAGAGGCGUGUGGGCGAGGGGCACUCACCAGAAGCCCAGCCUCCUUCACUGUGCUGUUGGGGAGCAGCCCAGAGCAGUGAGUUGUGCUCUUGUUCUGACCCGCUGGCCUGUGGGCCUCCCGAGUUGUCUUUGCAAAUUCCAAUUCCAUUUCACGGGCCUGUCAGUGUGAUUGGCAACCGGUGGUGGGGGUGGACGGGGCCUCCAGGGCCCCGGCCAGUCGGCUUUCAUCUCCUGUAAAGUGGCUGGGUGGGCAACCUUGGCACACGCUCACAGGGCCCAGUGGUGGGGUGGGGAAGUGCCCCGAGGGUGACAGUGGAGCCGUCCCAGGGGCUGUGGCCCCUCGGUGGGUUACUGUGGGGGGCGCAGUUCCUGAGCAAUAUCUCCAGUGCAGAGGGGUCAAUGCAAGAGACCAACUUGCUUCUGGGAACUGGGCAGUGGCUGCCACAUCAGGACUUAGACAUGGGGGCUGAGAACUGCCCUGUCAUGGUUUCCUUCUGUGAUGUUGUUAAAAGCAAGCAAGUCCCCGCUGCUGCAUGAAUGAGAAAGUCCAUGUAGAUGAACGCGCGCCAGUGCGCUCCCCACCCAGGGCGUGUGGGGCCAGCGCUCUGUCACGUGCAGUCCCAUUACCGCCCGAUUGUCCCUCAGACCCUUUGAAAGUGGCCUCUGUAGAUCUCACUCUGGAGGGUCCUCUGGUCCCUGUGUCCCUCUUGGCCUGGACCAGCCAGCGCCUGGGCUUUGCCAGGCUGAACCGGUGGUGCCCCCACCCCCAUCUGGAAAAGCUUUCUAAGGUGAUGUGUGACUCAGGACAAGAGAAUUACUGGUGUCGCCUCAGAAGGAGUGAGAAAAAAGAACGUCCACGGCAGAUUGCACUGGGAGCUGAAGGACGGGGCUUGCUGGGCGAGGGUGGGUCUUCUGCCCACCAUUGUAGGCUGUUGGGCACUUCUCAGCCCGUGGUCCUGGGCCGCAGAGAGCCAGGCUACGUUGACCCAGGAAGCCUCCAUGUUGGGGGUGGCCCUGCAGUUGUGUGGCUUGGUGGUGGGUGGUGGGGCCUUGUGCCGGCCCGUGUCAGCUGCACCUGCUGACAGCUCUUUCCUUUGAAGUUCAUCGUUGGCUCCCACCCCAUGUCCAGAGCCAGGUCUCCAGCCAGACUCACGGUCAGCCCGUGUCCAAGGACGCGAAGUGCAGCUCGCUGACGACCGCAUGGCACUGGUGUCAGGCCUUAGCUUGGACCCAGAAGCGGCCAUUGGUGUGACAAAACGGUUGCCCCCCAAGUGGGUGGAUGGCGUGGACGAAAUACAGUACGACGUCGGCCGGAUCAGACAGAAGAUGAAAGAGUUAGUCAGUCUGCACGACAAGCACCUCAACAGGCCCACCCUGGACGACAGCAGCGAGGAGGAGCACGCCAUUGAGAUCGCCACACAGGAGGUCACACAGCUCUUCCACAGGUGCCAGCGCGCGGUGCAGGCCCUGCCGGGCCGGGCGCGCCAGACCUGCUCGGAGCAGGAAGCCCGGCUCCUCCGCAACGUGGUGGCGGCCCUGGCACAGGCUCUCCAGGAGCUGUCCUCCACCUUCCGGCACGCGCAGUCGGGCUACCUCAAGCGCAUGAAGAACCGUGAGGAAAGGUCCCAGCAUUUCUUUGACACAUCAGUACCGCUCGUGGACAGUGGAGAUGACACUGCACUGUAUGAUCGGGGCUUCACCGACGAGCAGCUGGUGCUGGUGGAGCAGAACACGCUGCUGGUGGAGGAGCGGGAGCACGAGAUCCGCCGGAUCGUGCAGUCCAUCUCGGACCUCAACGAGAUCUUCCGGGACCUGGGGGCCAUGAUCGUGGAGCAGGGCACAGUCCUGGAUAGAAUCGACUACAACGUCGAACAGUCGCACUGCAAAACGGAGGACGGCCUGAAGCAGCUGCACAAGGCGGAGCAGCACCAGAAGAAGAACCGGAAGAUGCUGGUGAUCUUGAUACUGGUGGUCGUCAUCGUCGUCCUCAUCGUCGUCCUCGUCGGCGUGAAGUCUCGCUAGGCGGUGUGCUUCCUGCGGUGGUGCGCGUGCUGAUGGCCGCCUGCCGGCAGAGGCACAGCCCUGCCCAGCCCUGGACUCGGCUCCGUCCAGUGUGCUCGCUGCGCCGCGACUGCGGCGGCCGGCUGACCUUUCUCCCUCCAAGCCCAGACGGGCCAGUCGGACUGCUUCGGGACAGAGGUGGCGGUCCGCGGCCAGUGCUCGCUGUCGGUCUGUUCUCAUGAUUUUCCGGAAGAGUGAGGGGACCUUCCCAGGCCCAGCAGAGGCUGUGACGCGUCCGUCAGGUGUGAGUGAGCGCGCAGAUUCUCCUAACGGCCGUGUCAGCGACACGAGAAAACCAUUUCGAAAGAGGGGUUUUGCUUUGUUUUUAUUUUAAAUCAUCUAUUGUGGUGGGUGUUUUGGGUUUUUUGUUUUUGUUUUUUGUGUGUGUGAGAAAUUUGGUACCAAAAACGUGUGAGGGGGGGCGAAAGUGCCUGCUGGCCCCUCUGUACUUCCCCAGGGAACGAGAGUGGGGAGCGUGUUAGGAGUUUAUAGCCCGUCCCCAGCCCAGAGCGGCUGUUCUCUCACUGCUAAUGAUCAGAGUAACAAAGUGUGGAAGAUAAGAAACCAGCAUUGAGGGUAAUUAGCACGUCUAGACGGGCCCGUUAGGCAGCUUCCUAAGUCUGAAAUCAUCUCGCACAUGGUGUGUUGGGUGGGGGGACGGGGCGUUGUGUGCACCACGUUUCCUACUGUAAACUGAAGUGGCGGCUACAGAAAACCGCCCGCGUCUGCCGGCCGGUGGUAGGAGUGA